AAACUCUCUACCUUCUCCUGGUCGUUACCGGGGCAGCUGUAGUAACGGUCUAUGGCGACCCCGGGAAGAAGAUGGUGUGCUACUUCACCAACUGGGCGCAGAAUCGUCCAGGUGAAGGUGCCUUCCUUCCAAAGGACAUCAAUGGGAGUCUGUGCACACACAUUCACUACGCUUUUGCAAAACUAGACAAGGAUCUUAAAUUGGCACCCAGUGCUCCCGAUUCAUAUAAAAACAACCUUUACCAGAAUGUCCUCAAUAUAAGGAGAUUCUAUCCACAACUAAAGGUUUUGCUGUCUCUUGGAGGCUGGAAAAUGGGCACAGAGCCUUGGACAAAUAUGGUCAAUGACGAUCAAGCCAGAAGAAAUUUUAUCCAGCAAACCGUUCAGGUCCUGAGAAAUGUCGGUUUCGACGGUCUGGAUCUGGACUGGGAAUACCCAGGAUCCCGAGGAAGUCCCGCAUCGGAUAAAUAUAAAUUUACCCAACUGGUUUCGGAGCUGAGGAAUGCUUUUGAUAAUGCUGGUUUUCCUCGCCUUCUCCUGUCGGCUGCUGUAGGGGCCAGCAAAUAUACUAUAGAUACAGCUUACGAAGUGGACAAGAUCUCCAGGGACCUGGACUACAUUGUGCUCAUGAGCUACGACUACAGCGGCGUCUGGAACCACAAGACUGGCCACGGGAGUCCACUGUAUAGGCCAUCGCGGCCAGUUGGAGACGACAAAUACAACAAUGUCGACUGGUCUGCCAGUGCGUGGGUUGAACGUGGAUGUCCCAGGUACAAGCUCGUGAUAGGUAUUCCUACGUAUGGUCGCUCCUUUACCCUGGUGGAUCCCAAUGACAAUGGUAUCGGAGCCCCGAUCUAUGGCGCAGGAAAAGCAGGAGAGUUUACUGGCGAGGCUGGAAUCUUGUCUUACUAUGAGAUCUGUAAGAUGUACCGUGGUGGACAGGUGACUUGGGUUCCAGACCAGAAAGUUAUUUAUGUGGUUCAAGGAGACCAAUGGGUUGGUUUUGAAACCGUAGACACGGUCUAUUAUAAGAUGGACUACAUCAACGGAGGAGGAUUUGCUGGUGCAAUGGUUUGGAAUUUCGACUUUGAUGACUUUACCGGCACCUUCUGCGGGGAAGGAAAAUAUCCACUCAUUGAAAAAAUGAGUAGCAUGACAAAGCCCUUUUCUCUUAAUUGGGUAUAACCAACCGCAUGUCCACGAGUUUCAUUUUGAAAAUAAAACUUUGCAGAAAACCUUGAAAA